AUGGGCAGUCGACCCCGCAGCCCCAGCGCCUGCCCUGCGCCCUGUUGGGGACCGCAGUUAGGAGGACCCGGCCCUGCCAAGCGCCGCCGAUUGGAUGAGCCUGCGGGCCUCGAACCCCUCGCGGCGCCCAGCCUAGUAGACCCGGCGGGGGCCCCGGCCGCGGACGCGCUCACCUUCGUGAUGGUCCUGGCCGCGGGCAGUUCCCUGAAGGUGUCCCUGAACGACGACAACCUGGUGCUGGUGCCCGCGCCCACGUCGAUCAUGCGAGUGUCUCUCGGUGGACACACCCUCUUCCUGAUCCCCGAGGUCCUCCUAAGCUCCGUCGACGAACGCUCAGGAGCGCAGGGCGACUUGUCUGCCUUCCUAGUAGCGGAUGUUUUCCUGGGCGCUCUCAGGGAGGACGUCGUCGUCGAGCAGGAAUUCUGCGCGUCUGUCCCAGAGGUCGCCGCCCAGGAGGAGGUCUACGAGGAGGACGCGGACCCCGAGUUCCUGGAGCUCUGGAUGGACUCCCCAGCCGGCUCGGCCGCUGGGCCCUACCCCUCCGCUAGAAGUAUGUGCGGCCUCUACCCGGAGGGCCUCAUCCCAGAGCCCUGUGCUCUGGCCCCCAACCCCAGUUCAGAGAGACGCCCUCCACGCCCCAUCUGCGACCAGGAAUUCCGCUUUCUGGAGCCUGUUCCCACCUCACCUCUCCAACCUCUACCGCCCUCUCCGAGUCCAGGUCCCCACGCGCGCCCGGAGCUCCCAGAGCGCCCUCCGUGCAAGGUCCGGAGACGACUGUUUCAGGAAUGA